AAUAAAUGUAUCUUCAAGUCUAUAUAACGUACAGUUAAACUACAUUUAAUGUAGCGUAACAAUGAAUACACCACUGACGUUAUGCAUACAGGAAUACAAGAAGAUAACAGCCAUCUUAAACUGAAUCAGCGACCUGUCAAUAAAGAUGAGUUUACUACUAAUAUCAGCCGUGGUUCUACUGGUGGCUUACCUGACCAUAAACUGGUUUAAAGAUCAAAACAAAACACCUCUACCCCCCGGUCCACCAUUUCUAGAAUGUUUACAGAUAACAUGGAGAAUGUUACGAAAAAAUGAUACUCAUCUGAUCGCCGAGGAUCUUAGAAAGCGAUAUGGGGAGAUAUUCAACAUCCGUUUGUUUUCAAGUAACCUUGUGUUCCUGAACAGUAGUCGAUUAAUGCGUAAACUGUUCGCAUCGGGUCAAUAUCGUGACGUCACAAACGACCGACCAAAGACAUUUUUCGGAGAACAUAUCUGCUACGACUGUCGAGGUAUUUCUUUGGUCAAUUACGACGAAUUGCUCGUGAAGGUUCGCAAAAUUGUCCAUGGAACUAUCAAAUUGUAUGGAGACGGUAUUAAGGUAUUCGAGGAUAUGGUGAAUGGAGAAAUAAAGAUUCUACAAAAGGAGCUUGAAAAUUCCACACUGAAGGCCUCAUUCGACUUGGACAAGGCUUUGAAAGUUUCACUUAUUAGGGUCAUCCAUAUUUUUUUAACCAACGAAAGGCCUACCGAUUCCAAAGAAUGUAAAUAUAUUUGUGAUACAGUUGAAAAUUUUGAUUAUUUCGACAAUGAAAUGUUCAACAGUUUUCUCCUUAAUACCUGCCCAUGGGUUCGUUUUUUACCAGGACGAGGGCGUCGACUUUAUAAAGCUGCGCUAGAAGCCAGUGAGAGAUUAAACAACUUAUACAUGAAUCCCUGUAUUAAAAAAAGGAUGAAAUCACACGGCGGGGGUUUACUUGGGAAAAUGUUCAAAGAAUCAGAAGAUGAUAAGGAGAUCGAUGAGAAGACUAUUAAAGGAAUCGUUGUUGACUUGGUAGCGGCUGGGUAUUUAACAACGAAGGGGGCUUUAAGUGGAUUUUUUCUGUUGAUGCUCUACUAUCCAGAGAUUCAACGCCGAAUUCAAGAAGAAAUAGACGAAAAUAUUGGCAUGGACAGAGAACCAAGUCUGGAUGAUCGAGGAGUAAUGCACUAUACAAACGCCGCCAUUUUAGAAUGUUUGCGAUUCAUUAGUCACAUUCCAACUGGAAUUCCACACGUGACUAGAGAAGAGAUAGAAGUAGAAGGAAUGAGGAUUCCAGCCAAGACUGCGAUGGUUACAAAUUAUUGGACAACGAAUCGUUCAGAUAAAUACUGGCAUAAACCUGACGUUUUCUCACCUGAAAGAUUUUUAGAUGAUGAUGGGAAACUUCUUCCAAGUGAACAUAUUUUACGAUCACAGCUGAUGCCAUUUGGAGUUGGAAAAAGAAACUGUGUCGGAGAAUCAUUUGCCAAGUCUCGUAUGUUCCUGUAUGUGACGUCAUUACUACAGAGGUUUAAUUUUUCAGCAGGUGGAAAUGAGUUGCCGCCCUUGGAUUCUACAACAUGGAAACCAAAUAGUGUCAUGCAUCCAGACUUUCUUAAUUGCAUCGUGCGUAUGAGAUAAAAUCUCUUAGAGACUACCCACCUGUUUAUAUAAGCUUAAAGAUGCCUCUACAUAUUACAGGUCUUUCUUUUGGCCUCAGAUGUUAUAUAUGUUUGAUUAUAACCCAUAAUCAACCCUCUAGACCGUCGGAUGGUCAUGAUUUUAAUGGAUAAAAACACGAUCACCGUUUAAUAAUUCAAUUUUAAAAUGGAUGAUCGAUGUUAGCAAUGAAAAAUUCGAGACUACGUACGCUGUUCUUAUCAGAACUCCCAACAUUUAACUUCGCUCAGAAUAAAGUAAUUUGACUGAAAACUUCCCACAUUCAUUACUUCGCUCAGAAUACAGUAAUUUGACUGAAAUUUUCAAUAUAUUUCGUUGUCUUUAUCUGUUGUUAAAUUAUUAUAACUGUCGGGUCCUUAUCUAACUCUUACCCUAACCCUAACCCUAACAUAAUAUCAUCUUUUGUAUUAUAGUUUUUUCACGAAAGGCCGGAUGGUAGAAAGGCUUCUGCAGCCUAAUCAUUUUCCCUUCUAAAAUAAAGUUAUUAUUAUUAUUCUUAUUAUUACGAUAAUGAUCGACAGCGACUUGGAUCAACAUUCUAAGAGUCCCCGUUUAAGCCAAACUGAUUAAAAUACAAAUUUACA